AUGAAUUUUUUCACUGCAGUUCGCAGUCUGACCAGCUCGGCGCAUCGGACCCUGCUCCAGGCUGCUGGUCAGCCUAGCCAUGAGUCUGAGCCGUCGCAGGACUGGCAACAGAGAGACACAGAACGGUCGUCCCUGAACGGCGAAGAUGAUUCGCCUCCCUUGUUAGUCCCGUACCUGCCGGGACAGGAACGACGCCCGUCUCGGGCCUCUCAGCCGGAAGACGGUGCAGGAAGCUCCGAAAUGUCGGCCGACCCCGUGCUUCAAGCGUGCAAGAACUCCGCUCGACUUUCUGUAGCCUCUCGAGAGGCUUUCUCCGGGACGCGCGUGGUUCGCUGCGGUGGAGUUUCGAAGCGCGAAAGUCCUCUGCCGAAGCAGUCUUUUCCAAAAGCUGCAGGGGAAUUUUCCCCGGAAGGAAGCACGCCGGAGAGGGAGGCCAGCAGCGACAGUUUUGUGAAGCGAAUAAGCGGCGCGUUCAGCGGGUCGGUGACAGACACCGCGGACAGUGGAGCUUCCUCUUCUGCGACUUCUUCGGUUCUCUUCGACGCAGGUCCAAGCAGUUCCUCAAUGUUCGGGUCCAUGGUGGUCAAUUUCGCUACGGCAGCGGCGCAGUCACUCAUUGAAUCCAUUGAACAGUCCUCUCAGCAACUCUUCAGACCCCCAGGCAUGUAUAAGGUUUCGAAGAACAUCUGGAUCAUCGACUACCCAGAUCCCGAAGCGCCGAAUACCGGAUUCCUCGUGGCCUACCUUGAGCAUCACCAUGCGAAUAAAUAUUUGAUUUUGAACAUGUCUGAACGCCAGUACCAACGCGUCUCUUGCCCUCCUUCUGCCUCGACAGCCCGGUCAACGAGUGCUUCUCCGGAAGAGAGAGACUGCCUACAGCCUCCAUCUGAUUCAUUGUUCCCGAGUGGAACGGUGGUUGAUGUUGCAUACCGGGGCUUGCCCUAUCCACCGUUGUCUUUAACGCUCUCUUUGCUUCUCAGCGUGCACAAGUGGCUUGAGUCAGAUGCAGAAAAUGUGCUGCUUGUCCAUUGCGUCGAAGGCUUCUCGCGGUCCAUUACAUUCGUGGCCGCGUAUUUGCACUGGACGGGCUUCUCCCCAACUCUCCAGGACGCUGUGCGAUUCCUGGAGGAUGUCUGCGGCGUGGACGCCACGGACCCCUUGGUUCUUCUGCCUAGCCAGAAGCGUUUUCUUCGGUUCUUCCAACACGUCUGUGUCAAACAAACGCUAUUGCCUUCGCUGGAGGCGAAGAAACUCCGCAGGAUCAUUCUAAACGGCGUCCCGGCAUUUCUUGAGGCGAGGUCCGAUCCUGGAGCUCCCCACCAACCGGGCAAGCCGUUAAACCCUGAAAGUGAAGAGGGGCAAGGACGGGCUCUGUUUAGGCCAGUCCUUGAAGUUUGGAACCAAGGCGCCCUUGCUUUCUCUUCUCUCUCAGCCUGCAUCCCCCAAAAUGGCGUCAACGCGAAGCAGGCAGCUGGCGCUGACCAAACUGGCGCCAAACUUGUGAGUUCCUGUGACGAAUGGUGCGUUCCCGACGAAAUCGCGUGCCGUCUUCCGGUGUACACAGAGUCUGAGGAAAGCAUUCGUUUUGACAUUCCCGGAGUUAAACUCUGGGGGGACGUUCUGCUGAGACUUAUCCAUGUAGCUGUACAGCCCGUGCGUGAUUCAGAUAGGGACGAAUCGGAGUGCGAAGCUGCGGGAAACCAGCAAGCAGACAUUCCAGGGUCGAAGGAGCAAACUGCCUCGACCUUCCUCACAGUUGCGCGUAAAAUCUCCACUGCCAGGAUAGCGUUCCACACAGACAUGACAAGAGAAGGCGGGUGUUUGGAAAUCAGGAAGGCGGGGAUGGACGGCGCUGUGGUUCUCCCCGCCUUCCCAGAGGACUGCUUCAUGUCCAUCUUCUUCGAGGAACUGAGCCCGGACGAGAAGGAGAACCCUCAGGAAAUGGAACGGCUAAAGGAAGAAACGCGCCUACUUGUGCAAGCGCGGAAAGAGGGCACUGCCGUUCGAGCGGGUCGCUCCCAGAGUCCAGAGGGGCACAGUGCUGCGAACGGGACCCGGAGCCACGUGCAACAUCCAUGUGACGAAGACGAACAGCGAAGAACGCAAAAGAGGCUAGAACUGAGACAACAAGUUCAAGAGUACAAAGCUCUAGCCGAACAGUGGCACCUUGCUGCUUCAAGGCAACGAUCCUCUUCCGACGAACGAGUCGCAUAUACUCCUCCCGGAACGGAUGCGCGGGACACGGCACUCGCGACUGGCGAGGCUGUCAGUGAGGAGACUUUGCUUGUUUAUGAACCGAAGGACCUUCAGGUGUUUGAGGCGCGACUAACAGAUGGCGAAAGCAACGGCGAAGAGGAUCGAGAUCCAGUCGGGGGACCCGAUUUCUUUCCCGAUUCGUGCAGUGCGGCAACGCCGAGUGGAAGAUCUGCCGAAACAGAGCAGCCUGGCGUGGCAGGAGCUGGAGGGUCGCAUCAAUCUCUCGUCAGUCACACUUGUGGCGGAACUCUGCGUGAGGCGGCUUUGCGGCCGGUUGUGGCAACAGGUCCGGGUGAGGCAGACACCUCAAUCCCUCAGUUGCACGAGCAUCUCAAGAUGACAGAACUUGGGAGUGCCGACGACUUAGAGAGCGAAAGCGAUGUUAGCUGGGGAAACGACGACGACGAACAAGAAAAUGGUGAACCAUAGCCAACGCGGAGGCUGGGGGAAGUGAAAGUGUCUGUGGCAUAUUAGCAUGUCGAGUCCCUAUCGUGUCCUCCCCCCGCUUUUCUAGCCCCCUCCGAACCCUGACCUACCGGUGUAGCACCACGUGAAAGAAUCGGUGUCGCGACGCAACAGAUCGCUUCACUGCCGUCCAAAAACGCCAACGCAAUAUGCGAUCAGGCCUCAGGCUGGCGGCGACAGACC